GCUCCUCUGUCCUCUCUUCCUUUAAGGGAUUUGGGAACGCCCCUUAUAAUGGCGGCUCCGAAACAACGUCCGGUUCGCACCAGAGCCGAGGGCAAAGGAAACUACAUUUGAUGGAUUUGAGAUCGGGGUUCUGUAGUGUGAGUCCCAGUCCCGGAGAGCAUCAGUCGAAACCUGUGUUUCGAGUGUUUAGCUGUCUGCUCUCCCUGGACUAUUCAAGUUAACUGAGUCGUGUAAAGACAAUGUAAGCAACAAAACUCGAGACCAGCAGCGGCCCGGUCUUCCCCUGUUGACGGACGACUCUUUAAAUGGAUUUUCCUGAUUUCUGUAAGUUCACAUAAAGCAAAUUUCUUGUCGUCAUCGAGCUAUUUAUCCCACUUAGAGUUCAAACUGAUCAUUUUAGUGGAAGGUCGUCUUUACAAUGCGAGUCUCGCGUAUCUGUCCGCUCAGCUCUGACAGCUAAAACCAUGGAGGAGUACCGGGAAAACCACUGGCCCAAUCUGGAGGAGGCAAUUGGCCGGCUCUUAGUCCACAAUCCAACUGACCACAUCUCUGUUUCUUAUGCUCAGAUAUACAGGUGAGUAAAUACAGACAAAAGAGUGCUAAUACGAGGCAAAUCUGGACCAGAGUCCCCUUUGUGAUAUGUAAACUCUAUGAGGAUACCAUUUUUUUAAGAGUCCCUAAAACUUCUAUGUUCCUCUUUUUGUUUGUUUUUCAGUUAUGUCUACAGGUGUGUUUGUCAGCAACACUCAGAGUUGCUCUACAAUGAUUUGAUACUGAAGAUAACUAGUCACCUGCAGCAGGUUUCCACCCAUCUGGAAGUAAGUCAGUCCACAUACAGUCCUCAGAUUAUUUCACAGUGCAAACAUAAAAUCCUAAAGACUCCUACUUUUCUUCAGGCCAGCCCACCAGAGAACAUCAUUGAGAACUUUAGUGAUGCACUGAACAGAUAUACAGCCUCUCUUCAGUGUAUAGUUCCUGUAUUUAUGCACCUGGUGGGUAUAUAGUUCCUCUGCCUUUUUUAAGUACCUUAUAAUGACAGUUAAGUCUUUUAGAUACUAAAUAGUUGAGCAUUGUCUCCUGUGUCGCAGAGAGUCCUUAAUCUUGAUCAUCUUAAAUGUUUCCAGAACAAGUCGUACAUCGAGCCAAAGCUGAACAGGGACCUGAAGAUGGAGCUGAUGAAAUUAUUUGCUGAUCAUGUGGCAGAAAAGCAUGUGAACACACUGAUAUGUGAGUGUAUUGUGUUGUUAUAUCAUUUGAAGUCCUUUACAUUCUGCCAAGUUGCAGCUUUUUCCUAGCCUGGCUGGGCCCUCCUGUUGCGUGAAUCACUUGCCGUUCGAACGGCAAGUGAUUCACGCAACAGGAGGGCCCAGCCAGGCUAGCUUUUUCCAGUCUUAAAAUGUUGGUUCAGAAAUAAUAUAAAAAUGAGGAGUUUUUGUCCUGUUUAGCUCUACUUGUCCAGGCCAAUGCCACACCUUUCCAAGUGCAGCCAUCCACAAUGGCCAGCAUAGUAAAAGGCCUCUACAGCCUUCGACCAGGUGAGCCACUACAUCCUACUGAGGCCCACAUACUGCCAUGUUGUAUGGAGCUGUGCAUUAGCUAUACAGAUUGGCCACUUGUAUUCAGCCUGAAGUGCUGGUGUUGCUCGAUAAAAAGUUUGUGAAUGAAUAAGAAUGAUGAUAACAUGUGCCAUAUUAACAUUUUAAAUGAUUGAAAAAUAACCUUACUUCACAUUACUUUAAAAUAUUGGCUAAUAUGCUUCAAGAUGUAUCAUGUACUGCUGAUAUUUGAAAUAGGUUAGUUUUGAUAGUUUCAUAUUUCUACUGUUUCUCAAUUGAAAUGUUGGUAUCCUCAUUCAGAGUGGGCUGAAUUAGCCCCAGCUCUCUUCUCCAGCUUUAUCCCUCAAAUCAACCCUCCUGCUGUGGAGUCUCUGUUAUCUGAUUAUGCUGCUCAUGACAAGAAAUUACAGAUGGAGCUUUCACUGAAUGGAUUUUCAAGGUCAGUUUCCCGAGGCUGCAGUCUUCAGCAGUUACCAGUCACAGUGUCAACAACUUUUCCAAAAACAGCUGAUUCAAUAUCACAGAUGUGCUGUUGUUGUUUCUUUUUUUAGAGGUGACCAAUCUCGUAAACGGGCCAGUGAUGACCCAUAACUGCACCACCCCCAGAACUCUAUUUUUGCACCUCCCACAGUUUUACCACAAGGUGGCACUGUGUAUAGCUCGAAUGUGACCAUGCAUCAAUCUCUUCUCUCUGGACAGGUAGCAUUACACUGUGAAUGACAACAGAAUGUAUCUUGUUGAACUCUUCAAAAGGCUGCAUGAACAAAACAAAACACUGGUUUUGAUCUACCUGAACCUCUUGUGACUUACUGACACUCAACUUCUUCUGAGGUGAAGAAAACAGCUUCAAUGUUCCUUUUUUUAAAAUGGUGGUCAGAUUGAUUAUUUCUGAUUCAUUCCAGAUUCCAGAUCACCAUGGAUGGUAGCCUGGAUGUCAUAGCAGACUGUGCUCUGCCUGCUUUUGCUCUUGACGUGGACCUUUUUUCCAGCAUACACCCAAGCCUGCAGAUACAUGACCGAUGAUAGAGCAAUUCUUUCUGCUCUACAGAUGGAAACCAGGACACUCUCAGUACAUAACAUCCAGAUCCCUGGUUUAAAGAGAUAAGCACCACUGCUAAUAGGUUAGGCUGCUUGAUAUUGGUUAUUCUGAGGACACCCUGAGAGAUGAAAUAUGAGGAUGUACGUAAAGUGUCAUCUUAUUUUGACAUGCCAGAAAAAAGGUCAAAGUCAGGUGGCUUUGUGUUUAUCAUAUACAAGUCUGUUGGGGUUUGCUGUUAUGGGAGAUGGAUCAGCUAUACAAAAACCCAGAAGACUGAUGUUCAAGUUUUAGAUUCCCCUUACUCAGGGUUCCUCUAGGUUUAGGUGAAGAAAGUUUAGGGUCAGGAUUAAUCAUUUCAAACUAAAGAUCAUCUGCUUUUGUUUCUGUUCUUAUGCUGUUCCUACUGUCAUGACUGUUUUAUGUCUUGUUUUUACAUUUUCUGCUCCUUUGUCUGCCUUAACUACAAAAUUAAAAGUGAAAAAUACAAUUCUUGAAAAAGAA